GAAGUCUGGGCAUACCGUGAAAGCACUGGCCAAUGGGAGCUGGUAAAUCUGACUUCUGCAAUUCCAACUUUCGACAAUAUGGAAGUGAUCUAUAAUGCUACAGGCAGCAGUGUAACUGGGGUGUUUUCUUCAGGCUGGUCUAUCACCAUUUCCCUCAGUGAAGGUGUGCUCAGUUUCUUGGCUGGAGCACCUGGGACUGCCAUCAACAGGACACGAGGUCUACUGGGGGUGUUCAACAAUGACAUCACAGAUGACUUCACCACACCUGACGGCACUAUUCUGCCUAUCAAUUCAACAGAAAGACAGAUCCAUUACAACUUUGGACAGCUGUGGAUGGUCCAAGAAGGGGCUUCCCUCUUCCAUUACAAGGGUGAACUGACAACCUCCAGUUUCCAGGAACCCUCUUUCCAGCCAGUUUUCUUUGACGAAAUCAGCUGGCCAAAUGAAACCAUCAAAGCCGAGUAUUACACCAUCUGUAAUAAUGUUACACAGUGUGUUUAUGACUACUGGCUUACGCUGAACAAGAAGCUGGCAGAAGCCACAGCUACGAAGCAGGCAGAAAAUGCUGUUAAGGCUGGGGAAGCAAAGAAUGCUGUCCCCAGAAUCAGGCUGAUUCCAGCCACAGUCAAUGUCACAGGAGGUGACCUGGUCACUGUUAGUGUAUCUGUCACUGAUGAUGAUGUCACAGACGUGGUCAGCUUGUCAUACACUGGAAAUACCACGGGAACUAGUUUUAACAACAGCACUGGACUCUUUACCUGGACCCCAGCUCUCACAGCACAGGUGUUUAUGAUCAGGUUCAUAGCUGACGAUGGCAAUGGUGGGGUGUCAGAGGCAUCAGUCCGGAUAAGUUACUGCAGUGGAUGCUCUUCAAAUGGCACAUGUAACUUUGACAGGCAGACCCUGCCAGAUGUGAACUUCCCCAACUUUGCCGUGGCAACUUGUGAAUGUGCUCUAGGAUAUACAGGUGAUGACUGCAGUAUAGAUCUGGAUGGCUGUCUAGCUAACCCAUGUCCACAGGAUGUGAACUGCACUGAUGUUCCAGCCCCUCUCCACAGCAGUUCUGGAGUAGCCUUCACCUGCUCUGACUGCCCAUCAGGGUUCACACUGGACAACAACACCAGAAAGUGUGUGGAUAUUGAUGAGUGUGCUACGGGCUCCAAUGUGACCAAUAACUGUGAACAGUUGUGUGAAAACACAGAGGGCAGCUACACAUGCACCUGCUAUGAUGGAUAUAGAAGCAAUGGAUCACGCUGUUAUGAUGUUGAUGAAUGUACUGAGAGGUCAGACAACUGUGACCAGAUUUGUGUCAACACAAAUGGAAGUUUCUACUGUGAGUGUGCUGCAGGAUACACCUUGAAUGUCACCUCUAACCUGUGCAUAUCUGUCCAGAGAAUUAGUGAGAGAGACAAAAACUCAAUCCUAGAGGUCAUUGGCCUCUGCCUAGAUAGAGUGGACCAUAGUUCUUAG